UCUCUUUUAGGCACACACACACCGGUGAGCACCAGAAUAGAGCAGCGAAUUUGCUGGAUGGUGUGCACCUCUCCAGAGCGCAGGAGUCGCGGCAUCAGCGCGUGUCCUCGGAUUUUAUUUUGAUUUAUAGGUUAUCCAAAAAUUAUCAGUGAUUACAGAUGAUGUCAUCUUCGUUGACAAGAUCACACCAAAGGUGCCUUAUCAUUCGAAGGGACAAUGCUGUGGUGCAAUAAAACCAACACUAUGGCUGAUGCGAACGGCGCCACUCAUUGCGCUGCUUGCAUAAUUAGGUUUUGUGAAAAUACUAAACGUACCUUAGCCGAGCAAAAAACAAAAUGAAGGAGUAUGGAAUGAACUACACAUGGUCCGAAGAGGACGAAUUAUACGGCCCUUCGGUGGAGGUUGUGGUUUUGCUAUCAAUAUGCUACGGGGCAAUUUCGGUGCUCUCGGUCGCUGGCAACUCGCUGGUAAUGUGGGCAGUCCUCGGUAGCCAACGCAUGCAACGGAGCGCCACAAACUGGCUUUUGGCCAACCUGGCCUUUGCGGAUGUCAUCAUCGGGCUAUUUGUCGUUCCUUUUCAAUUUCAGGCGGCACUUUUACAAAGGUGGGACCUGCCAGACUUUAUGUGCUCGUUCUGCCCAUUCAUCCAGACGCUGAGCGUGAACGUGUCCGUUUUCACCCUGACCACAAUUGCCGUGCGAAGGUACAGGGCUGUAGCGAAGCCACUAAAAGUGUCCCUCUGGCAAGCGCGAUUCACUUUGAUUGCAAUUUGGACUGCAGGGGUGACGCUGGCAAUGCCGAUGCUAAUCACUUUAGAGGUCAGGGAAGUGCCCGCUUCGUACAGCAAUCCCGAACUGACUAAACCUUUCUGCGACUUUGUCGGCAUCCCGGUCGAUGUGCUCAAAUGGUACCGACGUCUUCUUGUGGGCACUCAGUACUUCGCGCCCCUAAUCAUUAUCAGCGCCAUGUACGCGUUGCUGGCCCUGCGCCUGUGGGGCGCUCAGCCCCCCGGAAACGCACAGAAUCAAAGGGACGCCACGCUUCUCCGCAACAAAAAGCGGGUUAUAAAAAUGCUGGUGGUGGUGGUGGCACUUUUUGCGGUCUGUUGGAUGCCGUUGCAGACCUACAAUGUUCUGCAGGACAUCUUCCCCAAAAUCAACGAGUACAGAUACAUCAAUAUAAUCUGGUUUUGCUGUGACUGGCUGGCAAUGAGCAAUAGCGUGUGCAACCCUUUCGUUUAUGGGAUUUAUAACGAAAAUUUUAGACGGCGCUUCAGGAGCAGAUGCAUACUUUGCAGCCGGCUGCUGAACCUGCCCAAACCCACGCAGUCCAUUGAUACAGGACGAGUGCCGUCGUCCGUCUUGUACCACCCAGGACGCCAGAGUGAAAGCAUCGCGAUACUCAAUCAACGGAGGCGCAGCAGCAAUUUGACUGGACUAGUGACAACAGCAGUUGGUUACAGACCCACUGGCAAUCGUCUCUCAUUGUGAAAUGUGAAGGUUUCUUAAGACGCAAUUUUCGGACAAUGAACCAAUGUUUUUAUUCAUUGGAGUAAACAAAUAUGCUUUCUUUGUGCAAGAUAGAACUUACGUUUUGUAAGUGUGGCUUUUCUGAUUCUGCCUCUGAGGGAAGUUGAAUCUCUUUUUCUGAAACAUAAAUAGGAUUAAAUAAAUAAAAUUAUUUUAAAUGAAUGCAGUUCAAAGU